CUCAGCUCAGCGCCUUUUUGAGAGAGAGAGGAGUUGAAGAAGAGGCCAUUGCGUUAUUGGAAGAGGAAAAGGUGAGUAAAGAGGAGAUAUAUGUUCAUUUGGUCGGCUAACCGACACUCUUAGAACAGUGAGGCCGCAGCAUGUUAGCUAGCAUGCAAUGCAGGGUGGACGGAGUUCUGUACACAGCAUCACAGGGUUUGUUACGUUUUAUUUUGCUUUGGUGAUGGUGAGUUGUUUCGUUAUCUGAUGGGUUGGUUUGGUUGUCAUGGGGAUGACAAAGGGGCAUUCUGGGCAUUUUACGGUGUCCCUGUCCGGCCCGGUAAUUAGAACAUGAACGGAACAAGCGUGUCUGCCCUACACACAAUACAACUGUGUUGCCUUUAUUUUGAAAAGCGUGACGGAUGCGCAUGCUACAGGUGACGCUGGCCAGCAGCCCCUCAAAGUGUCAGCUAAUGGCAUAAAAUAAACGUUAAUACCGAUUGCCGCAUUUUCAACAAGACAUGGACUGCUAAAUAUUUGUUUACAGAAGUCAAAAGUAAAGCUGCGUGCUUAGUUUGUCUGACACAGGUCGCUGUGUUCAAGGUUUUCAAGAUUGACAGCCACGUCAUAGCACUGAUGGAUGAUGCAACCCUGGCAAAUUACAUCCCUCGCUAUGGAGACCGAAUUGCCCUCUUCAAUUUCUGCAAAAGUAGACAUUCUGUCUCAAAAAGAAAACAAGGACUGCUAGAAAGACUUCGUGAGAAGAUGAAAGUCAGGAAGGAAACUUCGCAGAGCUCCUCACCCCCAACCACCAGAGCAAGUCAGACAAAGAAGCAAAAGCCAACACGAAAUGUUGAGAUAGGAUAGAUACAUAGUGAUGGAAAUGUAAACAAGCAGGUGAGGGCGAAACAGGGAGGUGGCACCAGAAAAAUUAAGAUGGCCACUGAAGCUGGAUUACAAGAGAUUCUUCUGGAAGGAAAGAAACUUUUUACAGCUGAUGCUUGUCAGUCCAUUGGCAAUAUGUAUGAGACAGCAAAGCUGACAAUGUUACGUUUUUACAUUGCAACGAAGGCAAAAGAUAUUGAAGAUGAUGCCAGUGAAACAUCUGAAGUGGUCCUUGUCUCCACACACAGUGGCAGUGAGAUCAGUCCAGUAGAACUGGUAGAAUUCAUGGAUGACUUUGAUGGAGCCCAUCAUACUUCGGAGAUUUCUGUGGAUUCAGAAAUUACCUUUGGUCCUGUUUACAACAUUGAAGAGGAAGUUGAGGACACAUUGAUCUAUGAGGAUUUUCUUAUGCCCACCAUUCCACAUCAGGAGGAAGAAAUGACAAUCACCAUACAUCAUGCUGACACUUUUCAUGACAUGAUUACCGCCUUCUCUGAUGCACACAUUAUGAAGAAAACACUGAAUGUGAAACGCAUACUACCAGACAACACAGAAGAAGCAGGUACUGGAUCUGGGGUACUGAGAGAUGUUCUCAGUUGCUUCUGGCAUGAAUUCUAUGAGCGAUGCACCCUUGGUACGUCAGUUAAAGUGCCAUUCAUUCGCCAUGAUUUUCCUGCUGAAAAAUGGAAGGCAAUUGGCAGAAUCCUUUUGAAAGGGUACCAAGAUUGUCAGUAUUUCCCAAACAAACUUGCACUCCCCUUUGUUGAACAGAUACUUUUCAAUUGUGUGUACAGUGAUCUUAAAGCACAUUUUCUGCAGUUUGUGAGCAGACAGGAGCAAGAAGUUUUGAUGCAAGCUGUAAGUGAUUUCUCUGCAGUUGACUGGGAUGAUCUUGUGGAAGUUCUUUACAACUAUGGCUGUCGAAGAAGAAUCACAGCUGAGAUCAUUCCUACAAUACUCAAUGAAAUAGCACACAAAGAACUUCCAAAAAACCCAUGUUCGUCAUAGACUGCUGGCGGGAGAUCACUGAACAUCAUCUGUCUCUCAGUCCAGAGGCACUGACCAAGUUGUUCUCUGACCUGCAGCCAACCUCCAAAAAGGUCUGUCAGCUGCUGAAAUUUGAUGAGAAUCUGACUCCCAAGCAAAAGGAAGUGGGAAAUCAUUUGAAAAGAUUCAUCAGAGAGCUAGAUGAAAAUAAACUUCAGAAGUUUUUGCGUUUCUGCACUGGAUCUGAUCUUUUAGUAACAGACAGUAUCCUUGUGGAAUUUCAAGAAAUGACAAACUUCACAAGAAGACCAGUUGCGCACACGUGUGGGAAGGUUCUGCAAAUAUCUGACAACUAUGAGAACUUCCCAGAUUUCCGUUCAGAAUUUAAUGCAGUUCUUGAAAGCAAUGUCUGGGUGAUGGACAUAGUUUAGAUUCCCACAGCUAGCAAAACUGCAAUAUCUACUAUGUUUGAAGUAUUCAGCAGACUAGCACAUGCAGACCUACAUGGAAAAGUGAAGAAUAAUUUUGGACUUAUAUGCAGUACAUACAGUAUAUUCAGCAUGUUCUUUAACCUUUAGAGAGAAAAUACUCCAUCUGUGUUGAAAGCCUAGUUUUGGCAACAAAUACUCCAGGAUUGAACAUCGGUACAGUUUAAAAAUAAUGCUUUUAUGCUGCAUUGUUCAUUGGCCAGGGGAGGCUGUACAAUUCUAUUGUUUACAUUUGCUGUUGUCAUGGUUGCAAUAUGUUGUUUGAUAUGCCAUUGCUCAUUUUACUUUCAGAUCUUGAGGUUUAUAUAUUUGCAUAAGGAUAUAAAAAUAUGGACAUGAAAGCAAGUGUUUUGGGAUAUACAGAUGCUUUUCUGUUGUUUUCUUAGAUACUGGAUUGUCUAAACACACAAUAUGUUCCUGCGGUCCAUGUAGAUUGACCACUAUUGUGAAAUAUGGCUGUUACUGUUAAGUCAUCUGUUAAAUUUUCAUCUUCUUGGAUUUUGUGUUUAAAGAACCUGGAUUUGUGAUAACUCAGAGCCUGGUUCUUUGUAUUUUGUAAAAUGUUAUUGUAACUGUUCAGAUGUACUCCUUGUCUUUUUUUUUACCUUUAUAUUUUUACUUGCUGAAAACGUGUUUUAACAGUUUUAAAAGUUGAGCUAUACUUGUUAUAUGCUCAAGGUAUGAGUUUAUACCAUGUUAAUGGAUUUAAUAAUGAUUUUUACAAACUUUGUUAAUAAAAAUCUACC